GCCCACAACUGCAGGGUUUCUGAGCACGGAUAUGACAGCCACAGCGUGGGAGAGCGACCUCACAACAACCAAUGGAAGUGAUCAGGCCUUCCAUGAACCUAAUACAGAGUUCAUAAUCCUGCAAUUACUGACAGCCAUCGUGGCCCUGGUGGGGUUGCCUGGGAACGCAGUGGUGCUCUGGCUCCUGGGCUUCCACAUGAGCAGGAACGCCUUCUCUGUCUACAUCCUCAACCUGGCGGGGGCUGACUUUCUCUUCCUCUGCUACCGAUUUAUACAUACUCUAGCUUUAGUUUUCAACUUUGAUUUUGUCUUUAGAGUAAUUAACAUAUUUCUCUGGCCUGUGUCAAUCUUUGCCUACAUCUCAGGCCUGAGCUUUCUCAGCGCCAUCAGCAUGGCGCGCUGCCUGUCUGUCCUGUGGCCCAUCUGGUACCGCUGCCGCCGCCCCAGACACAUGUCGACCGUCAUGUGUGCCCUACUCUGGGCCCUGUCCCUGGUGCUGAGCAUGUUGGAAGGGAACACCUGUACCUUCCUUAUUUGGAAUGUACAAUAUGUUUGGUGCCCAGUGUUGAAUUUCAUCACUGUGUCCUGGCUGAUUUUGUUAUUUGUGCUUCUCUCUGGGACCAGCCUGGCCCUGAUGACCAGACUGCUGUGUGGCUCCCAUCGGGUGCGGCCCACCAGGCUCUACGUGACCGUCAUGCUCACAAUGCUGGUCUUCCUUCUGUGUGGCCUGCCCUUCGGCAUCUACUGGUUCCUCUUAUUCUGGUUUGAUGCCUUCCCUCAUCUUGAGCAGUUUGUAGUACUCCUGUCCUGU